CUGUACGGUAUGAUGGUCUGCAGAAUAUCCUUCUUAAGCUGAUACACGGAAUAAAUAAAUCAUCGAUGAAUCACUUACUGUUGAUGUUCAAUCAACAAACUCUCAGUCCGAAUUUAUGUCUACAUGAAUUGGUAGUGGAUAUAAGAUAUUCAUAUAUAUUCCCCGUUUAGCAUAUUAAGAUGGUGUUGAGGACAAUUUACAUCCUGGUCAUAGUGUACGUUGCCGCUUACGGCGAGUUACUAGAAUGCCCGUUACCUCUCAAUGCGAGUGAAGCUAGCUGUGAGCUGGAGUGCUCGUCGGAUGAUGAUUGUAAGGAUGACUUCAAGUGCUGCUUCAACGGCUGUGGGCGAAGUUGCACGACGCCAUUCGUCGAAAUUGAGGAGUUAACCCCGUGUAGGAUCAUACGUCAAAUAAUUAGCAGUGUGGAGUUCGCUUACGAAAGUGUAUUGCAUGUGACGUCAUAUGGAUUCUACGUGCCGUAUUGCGACAGUAACGGAAAUUUUCUGGAGUUACGAUAUCGGGACAAUGACAAAGACGAAAUCUGGUGUUUUGACGAAGACGGAACAGUGAUUCCGAACAUAUGGUCGUAUUACACUAGUAGCUACCAGUGUGAAACACGGAGGAAGCCAUCAUGUAUGGUGUUUCGAUGUAUACUUGAGUGCGAGUAUGGCUUCGCCCGGGAUUACAAUGGCUGCAGACUUUGUGAAUGUAUGGAUCCAUGUCAGAUGGUGCAAUCUAGGUGUCCAACUGGACACGAGUGUGUCCCCGUCAGGAUAGUAUGCGAAUCUCCGCCUUGUCCAGCUAUACCUCAAUGUGUGGAUUCUAAAUCACUUGCGAAGACCAACGAAUGUCAAGAUGGAAAGAUGCCUCACACUUGUCCCCUUAACCCAUGCUCGAGCAGUCGCUGCGACAAUCACCCUGAUGUCCAGUGCCUCAUCAACUACUGCGAAGGUUGUUCUUCACAGUUUUACGACAAUGGUGGAAAUGCUGUGGAGUGCAAUGCCACAGAUCCUACACUUAGCUGUCCUGCCGUCUCUGAGAUACAAGGAGCAUGCGUCACAUUUUGCAGGGCUGACACUGACUGUCCCCCAGGUCUACAGUGCUGUAGCAAUGGCUGUGGCAUGCAGUGCGUACGACCACAGAAUGAUGGUCAAACUGUCUGUUCGCCAAUACAAAGUCUACCGUACCCGUACCGUCUUUUCCAGUCUUUUUACUCACGAUGUUCUGAUAAUGGGAACUGGCUUACGACCCAAUGUUGGCAAGAAGCUGGUCUGUGUUGGUGUGUCGAUAGUUGGGGGAGACACAUUCCAGGUACCACUGUUCGUGGAAAUCCAAAUUGCCCGGAAACAGACUCGAAUGAUUCCUCAGGUGAGGAACGUGUCUCAGGUGAAAAAGAUGAAGUUGACAAUGAAGAUGUUCAUGAAAAUGUUUGCCAGGAUAAUAUUCCGUACCUAGACUGCCCACAAGACCUCUGUGAGUCUAAAGUUUGUUUGAGUGAUUCCACCGCCAUCUGCAGGAUCAAUUCUUGUGGGACCUGUUCUUACGCUUUCUACGAUAAACUCAACGAAGAAGUAGAUUGUUCGAGAGGUUUGACAGUCUGUGAGAUGCAGAGACAAAACAGUCUCAAUCAUUUUCGUCGAAACGUUGGCUAUUCUUCUGAGGAUCAUCAAGAGCAUCGGUUAGGUAGAAUUUGCAAUAUCAGAGUUGAAAAACAGCGUAGCACUGGGCCAAACAAUGACGUCGUAACACUUUACGCAACACUUCAGUCUUUUGCACGUAAACGAUCGUUUGGAGUCGAUCCGAAUUACGACUUUAUACAUGUGAUCGGAGGACCAGACGAUCGAGGGUUGAGCUUGGCAGAGUUUAAAGCGAUGUUAUCGUUCAUAUCAGUAGACGGUGAAGUGAAUCUGCCAACAAUAAAUGUGUCUGGGGACGAUACAUAUGGCCUGCGGGAUCUGCUGAUAAAGCUUGGAUUUUCAAGACAUUUACAAUUAGAUGCACCAGACUCGGGAAGUGAUGACAAUAGUAAAGAGGACAGUACACGUGGAGGUGACGGUGAACACGUUGGUAAUGGAGGAAAUGGUGGAAACGGGGGUCAUGGCGGUAAUGGAGGUAAUGGUGGCCACGGAGGAGAUGGCGGCAAUGGUGGAGAUGGCGGUAACGGAGGAGAUGGCGGCAACGGGGGGGAUGGCGGCAACGGAGGGGAUGGCGGUAAUGGCGGUAACGGUGGGAAUGGUGGUGGUCAUGGAACAUACGCCAGCCCUACUGGACCAAGCAAACCUAUAGAACCCAACGGGACAAGACGACCCGGAAGUCAUGGAGCAUCGGGUAGUCAUGGAGCAUCGGGUAGUCAUGGACAACCAGGGCAACCUGGCCAACCAGGGCAACCUGGCCAACCAGGCUCUCCUGGUGUGCCAGGUAUAUCAAAAAGAUCACAACCGUCAACAUUUGAGAAAGUUAUAGGUGUGCCGCUGGUAUUUCCUCAUAUUCCUCAAUGCACUGCAGAUGGUCAAUUUGAGUGGAAGCAGUGCAGGACUGACAUCGGCUGGUGCUGGUGCGUUGAUGCCGACGGCUCUAUGGUCAAGUAUUCAUUAGUGAUGGGACUUAGUUCUCCAAACCUCAGAUGCGGUCCAAAUGGUGUUGAAGGUGAAGAAGGCUUUGAAAACCAAUUUGGCAUAUGUGAAGAUGGACAUGUUCCAGACGUUUGUUCAUUGAACCGUUGCACUGGAGAAGUCUGUCCUUCUGAUGAUAAUGCAUUCUGUGUAAUGGACCCUUGUGAUGAGUGCAGGCCAGUGUGGAAGACAUGCGAACACCCGUCAGCAGACAUAAAUUGUCAAGGUUGCAGUCAUUGGUUUUGUAAUAAAGCACGCGCAUGCUCUAAGCAGCUUGAUCGAUGAAUCUGUAUAUAUUGGCAUGAUAUUGGUCAAAGUUUUUGGAAGUAUAUUCUAAGACUAAAAUAAUCCCAUCCAAGAGGGUUAACAACUAAGGAAGCAUGUCAUAAAUGACGGCGUCAGCUAUCCGUUAAUGCAUGGAUUAUUACCAUAUUGAAAAUAACCAUAUUAAAAUGAGCAGCUACAUCAUGUUACAUCAUCAUGUUUUUUUUUUAGAUAGACAUAUUUAAAUUUCUAAUUUAUUUGAAUGUCUAUGUUUAGAA